AUGGAUGAUGCUUUGAAUGCUUUGUCUUCGCUGAGGUCGAAGAAGAGAGUCACCACCUACAAAAAAGUUGCCAUUCAUAUACCAGAUGAUAACGACAACACUGACGGAAAUUUAUACACAAAUGACAUAGUUGCCCCACCAGCUUUGACCGGAAACGGAUUCCUGUUUGCCAAUGCCACACUAAAUCGUGUGAAGAACAGAUUAGAGGGUGGAAAAGCACCUGAACAGGAACACGACAAUAAAGACGAUGAGGAUGAGGACGUUUCGUCGAGCCAAUUGAUUGCUAAUCUUUAUGAAGGGGGUGAGGAUUUAGAGGAAACUAAAAGUAAUGAAAACGAUUGCACUGGGAAGAAUUGUAUGCCCACGUUUACACAAACACAAAGAAUACCCGUCAGUAUUCAACAAGACAAAGUAGUCGAUGUACCUAUCCACUCCGUUAAUGAGGAAAAACCCACUCAAAUAAUUAAAGACGAUUGUUUCGUUAAUAAAAUUCCACAGGCACAAAAAUUGUCUACCACAACGAUAAAGCCAGUCGCCACACAACGUAUAGAUAGCGAUGAUAUAAUCACACAAUCGCAGCAGGCGUUGCCUAUAAAACCAAUUGAAUCGCCAUCGCAAGGAAAAACUGCUACAAGUAACGAUCUGGAUGUACAGUCAUCAAAGCCCCCAGUAUUAACCAUUGGAAAAAGUCCUUUAUUUCAGCCACUUUUAACAAGGGGCCCUGUCAACCAAAUGGACACACCACUAGAAAGCUCACCUAAUAAUGAUGAAACUCAAUUGGAUGUUAUGCCACAGAAUACGCAAUCUGAUAAUAAAACUCAGAUCGAUACUAUACCGCAGACUACACACUAUGAAGAUAAAACCCAAAUGGACACUAUGUCACAGACACUUCAAGAUGGUGUGCCGCAUACUUUAAAGAUCCGGGAAAUACAAAACGAAUUGGCUUUAGAGGAUUCUAGGAGGGAAAGAGCCAGCAAUGUUGAAUACACGAAACCACAGAAGACAAUAGCAACAAAACUAAAAUUUUCUAAAGAGUCCUUUCUUGCUGAUUUUGACGACUCGUCAUCAAAUGAGGAUGCUGAGAUAAAAGUGGAGAGUGCACAUCCAAAACCGCUAGGAAACGAGGAAGAAUUACACGAAGACAAAAAUAUUGAACCAAGUAUAAAUGAAGUAACAAAAAAAACUGAUAAAAGGGUUCCACUAUUAAGCUCUUAUGCCAAUAAUUUGAAACGGGAAAUUGAUUCAUCGAAAUGCAUAACUUUGGACCUCGAUAGUGGAAGUGACGAUGAUGACAAUAUUGUCGUGGAUGACAGGAAGUUGAUCAAAGAUGAAGGUGCUUUGCCAAUCUCCCAGUUAUCAAAGGCCACUAUAUUAAAUUUGAAAGCGAGACUCUCUAAGCAGAAUCAAGAUAUAUCUCAAAGGCCACUUGAAGGUAGAGACGCUAGGUUGGACCACAAUAAACUGUUCAAUACAUUAAGAAAGGCUAGCAGAAAACAAAUUCUAGAUCAUCAAAGAGAAGUGAUUGAAACGAAAGGUUUUAAGUUGGAAGACAUGGUCAAGGAAAAGGAACUCGUGGAGAACUUACUAGAACAAGAAAUCAUCAGAAACAAAAAAAUCAGGCAAAAGGAAAAGAGGAGGGAAAAACUGGAGAACAGUGAGUUUAAACUGAGCCCCCACGAUUCUGGAUCUGACUCAGGGUCAGAAUCCUCUAAAUUUGCAUUGAGUGGCAAUGAAGUGACUGAUUAUGAAUUAUCUGGCAGUGAAGAUGAAAUUCGUGAAGAGCCAGACAACGAAGAGGAAGAGGAAGAGGAUGAUAUUGUUCCGAAGAAGAAGAAGGCGCACCACGUAAAACGCAUGAUUGACGAAUCAGACUCUGAAAAUGAGGCUGUACCAAAAGAAAAAGUCGAUGCUAGUGUACCAAAAAGGAUUGCCAUCAAUCUAGGUCACUACGGAGACAAUAUUGAAGAGGAAGUUAACAAGUUUCAAGAAACUAAUGAUAUGAAUACCCAACAGACUGACAAAAUAACCAUGGAAAGAAAUAUAGUGGAAAAUAAAGCCAUACUUGAAGAUACAGCUGUAGUAGACGAGGAUAAUAUUAAUGAAGAAGCUGAUGAAGCAAUUCGACGUGAACUAAUUGAUAAAGAAAAAUUACAACUAAGACAAAAAGAGCUAGAGAAAGCUAUUAAGUUAAAAGAGUUGAAACACAAAGGUGUUACAAACUUUUUUGAAAUGGAAGCCGAGGAAUCUGACGAUGAAUGGCAUGGCAUCGGCGGUGCGGAUGGGGAAGGAUCUGAUGAGUAUGAUUCUGACGUAGAAAAAAUGAUUGACGAUUACUCUAAGAAUAACUUCAAUUCACACGAAAUUAGAGAAAUGUUAGCAGCAGAAAACAAGGAAAUGGACGUCAAAAUGAUAAACAAAAUUUUGUAUGAUAUUAAAAAUGGCGGAUUCCGUAAUAAAAGGGCGAAAAAUAGCUUAGAGCUAGAGCUAAGUGAUGAUGAAGACGACGUACUACAACAAUAUCGUUUGAAAAGAAGAGAAUUGAUGAGAAAAAGAAGGUUGGAAAUUGGCGACGGUACUAAGCUUGUUAAAAACCCGAAAUCGAAGGCUUUUUUUGAAAGUAUGGUAGAAGAUAUAAUGGAAUAUAAGAAUCCCUUUAGGGCUGAAGAGGAAUCUAACCAGGACAUUACAAGUACGGCUACUGAUUUGGAUACUCUGGAUAAUAAUAGCUUAAAUGUACGUGAUAGCACAAGAAAUAAUGAAAAGGGACCAGUAGAUGACAAGAGCAAGAAAAUUAUCAUAUCUGAGGACUUUGUACAGAAAAGCUUAUCCUUUUUGAAAAGUAAUAAUUAUAAUGAGUUUGAAAUGGAUAAAGAAUUAGCAAAGAUGCAGCAUGGAAAUGAUGACGAACCAAUUGAGGAUCUAUUUACCCUAAAACAACAUAGCUCCAUAAAAUCAUUCACUAAUUCACAAACUGAUUCGUUUACUUCGAGAACAGUGACUACAAUGAUUGACUUAGAGAAGCGUACGGAGGAUGAAGAUGAGAUGGAAAAUGGAGACUCAUCAUUAGUCAGUGGAUUCAAACAUCCAUCAAUAGUCAAAUCGUUUGCAUCCCGAACAGAUAUCAAUGAUAAGUUUAAAGAAGGUAACAAGACAGUCAAGAUUUCAAAGUCCUACAAGAUGGUAGGAAGUUCGAAGGCCUCUAUCACUUAUAUGGGUAAAACAAGGAAACUAAUGGCGCCAAAAAGAAAAGCUGGGACAGACCAGAAUCACCAUCGUCAUAAAAAAACGAAAACGAAAACGAGUAAACUUUUUGAAAGUGGGCAAAAUAGUUUUGAUAGUUAG